AUCUAUGUCAGUAAGUCAGCUGUUGUACUAAAAUCGGCGAGUUUGUUGUUGAAAAUAUCUGUUUUAACAAAAACAGUGCAUUAUUUAAACUUUUAGAAGGAAAAACUUAUUUCUCGCUUCAAAAAUGUGGCCAAUUAUAAUGCAGUUCCUAAGAACAAAUGCUCCAUACUUCACAUUACCAGUAGCGGCUGUGGUUGGCGUCAUAGGAUACAACCUGGAGAGUUUAUUAUCUGACAGAUAUACUCCUUAUAACAAACCAGUACAAGAUCAAAGAGUGGAACGAUUGAUAGAUGAAGAUGUCUUAAGUGACCCGACCAAUGUUCAGAAAUUGAAAUACAAAGAGAAUGUACUCGGAAGGAAUUUGUCACCGUCACUACAAAACAAAUAAAUUGGUCUAGUCAGUAUGAUAGGGUUAUAUUUAAAAUAGUUAUUAACUUUAUGUAGAUAAUUUGAGUUGGGUAUUUUAUUGUUAAAAAAGCUACUCAAAGUUUUAGCCCCUGCUCGUGUCCUGCAGAUCGUAGCGUGAUGUUUUAUAAACUAUAAGC